AUUUCAAACAUUGUGUCUGGCAACACCAAUCAAGCUGUAAAAUACAUACACCGCAGAAAGAGACCUUAGUUUCGGAUCAUUAUUAUGGCAGAACAGGGGGAUCAAAAAGCAGAAGUUUGUACUUUCAUGUUUAAAAAGAAAAGUCGUAAAGCCACAGCAAGGAAAAGGAAGGUUAGCGACAGUGAUGAAGACAAUGAUGGUGAAUCAUCAGUAGUGCGAAGAGAAAAGGCGCUUGGACUAAGUAACCCAAUGAUUCAGAAGUCAAAAAAAACUUUCCGAGAAGAAGUGAAAUACAGCGACGAUAGUGAUGAGGAAAAAGGAGUUCAAGUCAAUUACAAAUCUACACGAUCAGCAAAAUCUGAAGGACCUGAUGAUAGAGGAGCCACAUCAACCAUCGAAAUUGAUACCGAAAGCAAUGUUGAUGCAAGAGCAAUAUUUGAGAAACAAAAGAAAAUCAAUGAGGAACUAAAAGGUAAAGAAGAUGAUAAGAUCUACCGAGGAUUGAAUAAUUACGCAGUCUACAUUGAAAAGAGAGACACGGCGCAAGGCAACGCUUCAAGUGGACAUGUCAGGAAAGGACCGAUGCGAGCUCCAGCCAAUGUGAGGGCGACAACUAGAUGGGAUUAUGCUCCAGACAUCUGCAAGGACUACAAGGAGACUGGCUUCUGUGGAUUCGGUGAUAGUUGUAAAUUCAUGCAUGAUCGAUCAGAUUACAAGUUUGGUUGGCAACUAGAAAAAGAAUGGGAAAGUGGCCAAAGAAAUCAGGAAGAAGAUCCACAUGCAUAUGAAAUUGAUAGUGAUGAUGAUGACCUUCCAUUCAAGUGUAUAAUCUGCAGAGAAUCAUUCAAAAAUCCCAUUAUCACAAAAUGCAAGCAUUAUUUCUGUGAGCAGUGCGCCCUCAAACAUUAUAAAAAGUCCAGUCGUUGCUUUGCUUGCAAUACACAGACAAAUGGAGUAUUUAAUCCAGCAAAAGGUAAUUUUUGGGGGUAUUUUUCAGAAUUAAUAGUGAAGUUGAAAAAACAUAAGGAAGAACAUGGAAGUGAUGAUGGUGGACAAGAUGAGUCUGAUGAAGGAUGAACCAGGCAGUGGGGUGACAUCAGGAAUUGCCAGACGGGUGUUAGGGGCGGGGGAGACUAAGCUGUGUGACAAUAGGAUCUGACAAAUUGUGACUGAAAUACGAGCCCUCUGAUGCCCUAAAAGCCUGGGCAGUUUUGACAAUUUUAAGGUGGUCUGAGACAUUUCAGCAUGUUUAAUGGCCUACAAAAGAUAAAAUAUUGUUCCUAUUUUUUGAUACAAUUAGGGUAUUAGCCUGUCCAACAGGGGAUAAACCAUCCUCCCCAACUUGUGCCACUGCUGGAACCAAAAAAUCUAAUGUGUGGUCAUAAGAUUUUAUGACCACUUAUGAUAAUAGAUUGUUUCUGGCACCAGAAAAAAAAAAAAAAAACUUUCGAGAGAGAAUCAUUGGUGUUUCAGAUAGAUAUCUUCACAAAAAUACAAUGUAAACAUGUUACAACAACAUUUACAUAUAUAAAUAAAUAAGAUAUAUAUUGAUAUAGAAAAAUGCUAUUACCUAAGGCAUUUUACUUUUAAGUUCAUUCUAUUUGUCAUUAUGUUCAGGAGUACAUUCACCUGGUAUACCCAGCAUUGACUGCUGGUGAAAUAUUAUGUACAAUAAAGUUACACUUAAUUUA